CACGGAAGUGAAGAUGGCGGCGGUUGAUGCUGGCGACGAGGGGGAGGUCGGUGGCGUCUGCCAGCAUCACGCGCAGCAGACGAUCUGCGCCUCGCGCGCCAAGUAUCGUGAAGGGCGCAGGCCACGAGCGGUGAAGAUCCGUCAUGGCAGCACCUGUUAGUGAAUAUCCACACACCUUCUGCCUGCCACAUCCCUCGCCUUGUGUCACUGCCGCAUCACCAGUCAUCCCAUUAAAGUGAAUGGGACUGUUGGUUUACACUGUCAAUUUAGAGUCUCGAUAUUUGUUAAUCCAAGGUGUUCCUGCAUUGGGAGUUAUGAAGGAGCUAAUUGAACUUUUUGCAUUAUAUGGUACUAUCGAGGAAUAUAAUCCACUGGAUGGUUAUCCAGCAGAAGAAUUUACUGAAGUGUAUUUGAUCAAGUUUUUAAAAAUACCAAGUGCGAGGGCAGCCAAAAGAAAACUGGAUGAGCGGAGUUUCUUUGGCAGUUUGCUACAUAUAUGCUAUGCUCCAGAAUUUGAGAGUGUACAAGAGACCAGAGACAAACUAAGAGACAGACGAAAAUAUAUAGCAAAAGCAACCAACUUCAGUGAGCAAUCACUGGAGACAAAACAGGAUCGUGGUAUACGUUCUUCAAAAAUCAUGCCAUUGGAUCAUGGAUCAUGGACAUCUAAAACAGCCAUUAACAAAUGGAAUCCAGCAACAUAUACACAAGACCCCUGUCAAUCUUCCUGUUGCACAUUAUUACUGAAGGAUAUUACAUCUCCUGCAGAACAGCAUUGCCAGAAUAUGUUAGUAGCACCUCAUUAUUCUCAUCACUAUGCUACAACAUCUGCAUGCUUUAGCCAAAAGAUAAGAAUGGAUAAGAAGCCACAGCAAAGAGAGCAUGACACAUUGGCCUGCUGGAACCUAGAAAAAAAGGUUCCAUGUUAUGAAGGUCUUGGAAGAUUCAUGCCUCGAACUACUCAACUUCAGGAACGAAAGAGGAGAAGAGAUGAAGACAAUAAACUUGCCCUUUUGGGAAGAGAGCCUAAUGGUGAAGAAAUUAUUUUUGGUCCAAGGCUACCAGAAAUACCUAAAAUAGAUCUGGAUGAUGAUUCACUGAACACCUCGGCAAUCUUAAUUCGCAAUAGACUAAAAAAGAUUGCUGAUCCAGUUCAAACUUCAAACUCAUCUGAAGAAUUAUUAGUGGAAAAUCAAGCAACACCAAUAAUAAAGCAGAGGCGGCGAAUAUAAGUAUGAUUGCAUGUUACAUUUAUAUUUGAUGCACAAACAGGUAGGCUCUGACUGUUUCUAGACAAAGAAGUAUGGCUUCCUUUGUUAACGUGAAACAGUUCUUGUAAAUUUAAAGUUAUUAAUCCAUUAUGUUGAAAUUUAUUGAUGGCUAUGAAUGUUAUCACCUUAUUUCUUGUGCUCCUAAUGCUAUCCUAUGAUGCAAUGCAUUGGGUCUAUCCAGCUAUAUUACAUUUCAUUCAUUAUAUUUUACUUGCAGAUCUACAAUUCAGGAGCAUCUUGGAAAGCUUGUGACUCAAAGGACAUCCUGCACUGUAAAGGAAAUAAUAAACAUUUAAAAAAAAAACAAAACUAUAACAAACUUACAUCCAUAGAACAAUGCUUACACUUUUGGCAAAUAUGGUUCAAAAUUAGGUCCAAUACCCCACUUUUAAGUGGCAAAUUUUAAGAGCCUGUUUGGUGUCACCAUUAAAAUACUGGCCUAGAAACCAAGACACUCAUGAGUUUUAAGUCUGCUUUAGGUAUGAAUGAUGGUUGGGCCAAUCAUUUCUCUAGGCCAGUCACUCUCAGCCCAACCUCCCUCACAGGGUUGAAGCUGUGGGGAAAAUACAAGGCAGGAAUAUUAGGUAUAUUUUCCCCCUUGUAUUUUAUACAAAGAGAUGUAAAGAUAAUUCCAUUAUGUCGUGAUUUAUUGAAAUUAUUUGCCAAAUUUCUGCUUUUUGAGAAAUAAAAGAUAAAAGAUUUCCCUAA